AUGCCAAGCUCAGGUGCUGGAUAUUGCAAACAUUAUUGCUGCUAAACACCAGCUUGUUCGCAUAAUGUAGGCAUGUUAUCACGCUGACACUGCAGCGGUCUAAAUCGUUUCCUUUCUCUCAGUGUUUAAGAAGAAAACACAAAAUCAAUGCUGUUGACAUGGACUCUGUACUCAAUCCAUUCUCCUCCUUUCUCUCCCUGUGUGUGUGUGUGUGUGUUGAUUUAUGUCUGUAAUCUCCCUCUCGACCCUCCCCUCUCUCGUCCUCAAUCUGUAUGAUGUGUGUAUGUGUGUAUGUGUGUGCUGCAGGCUGCGGGCUGGAGUUCCUGCUGGUUCUCUGUGGACUUGAGUUUUCCUGGUCUUGCCCCCGUCACUGUAUCUGCUACACUGCACCCAGCACAGUCUCCUGCCAAGCCCACAACUUCCUGUCCGUCCCUGAAGGCAUUCCUCCUGACAGCGAGCGCAUCUUCCUGCAGAACAAUAAAAUCCAUCGCUUACUUCGGGGUCACUUCAGCUCCAACACUGUCACUCUCUGGAUCUACUCCAACAACAUCACGUACAUCGAGCCCUCUACCUUCCACGGCUUCACGCUGCUCGAGGAGCUGGACCUGGGAGACAACCGCCACCUGCGCUCCCUGGCUGAGGACACCUUUCACGGGCUGAGCCGGCUUAAUGCGCUGCACCUGUACCGUUGUGGGCUCAGCUCACUCCCUAAUAAUAUCUUCAAAGGCCUCAGAAACCUGCAGUAUCUCUACCUACAGGUAAACUAGAGCAGUAGAAAAAGUUUCUCUGUUUUUGCAAAGGAACAAGAUUUAAACUAAGACAUGAUUUAUGCAAAUGUAUUCCAAAACAAACCACAUAGCCUUAUCCGAAGCUAAAUUACAGAAUUACCUUCUGUUAAUGUCUUUGCUGCCUCACUACCUUGAAUGACAAGUUGGCAGUUUUGUUGCACAUCAGCAAACAGCCUUACCUUUAUUUGGAAUAUUUUUUACCGUACGAGCCAAAAUUGUUCUCCACAUCACUGCUCAAAUGAUACAGGACCAUGAUUAUUCAUUCAGUACUGCUUGCCGGUUUUCAGGAGGUAGUAGGGCAUGCAGUAACUCUGAUGGACAGUGUGUCUUAGGAAAGCCUCUCUCCGGAGUGCACUGCACAGCCUGUUCCUCCAUUCACUCAGAAUUUUCAAUUGCAGAUAUGAUCACAAAGUCAAAAAACCUCUAAUUAAUGAAAUUGCAGGAACAAGUUGCCUAUAAUUUUGUGAUUGUGUGCCCUUUGUGUCCUAACCCUAGGAUAAUCAUCUGAAGUUCCUGCAGGAUGACACAUUUAUGGACCUCCACAACCUGAGUCAUCUGUUCCUGCAUGGGAACCGUCUGUGGAGCGUCAACCAGAACACCUUCAGAGGGCUUCGAGCUCUAGAUCGACUGCUUUUGCAUCAGAACCAGAUUGAGUGGGUUGACCGCCUGGCUUUCCAUGACCUGAAACGUCUCACCACCCUCUACUUGUUCAACAACUCCCUGAUCCAGCUGUCCGGUCAGUGUUUGGACACCCUUCCCGCUCUGGAGUACCUGCGCCUGAACGACAACCCCUGGGCAUGCGACUGCAAGGCUCUUUCGCUGUGGGAGUGGUUGAAACGUUUUCGAGGCUCUACGUCUUCAGUGGGCUGCCAGGCACCGAUUAAUAUGUACGGAAAAGAUCUCAAGGAGCUGCGCAAGGAGGACUUCCCCAACUGUUCGCCAACUGUACCAAACUCUGAGUCCAGAGCCCAGACUAACAAUUUAUCUGGCACAGUGAAUCCGUCCAUGAACCGGGGUGUUGUUGUGGGCUCUGGAGGGCAGACCCACCUAGUCCAGCCCUCAAGGCCUGGCCGUUCUCGGAACUGCACAAAGCCUCGCACCAGGGGGAGCAAAGGGAAGGGUGACAAUGAGGUUCACCACUCAAAGGAGGUCAUGGCAGACAAGGAGGAUUCCUCCCCAGAUUUCACAGAGGGGGGCAAGCAUGACCACACAUCCCCAGAUGGCACCGUCACACGGAGGAAGCACAAGUGUAACCCCCGGACCACUGUCCGCCCCCCAAGUGGGGUACAGCAAGCCAACAACAGGGCAACCUUAUCCCGGUCCUUACUACCCAUCCUCGCCCUCUUUGUGGCCUUGUUAACAACCAACAUUGACAACAUUCUCCGCUGACCUUCAGAGGAUUUGGUCAUUAUCACAAAAGACACAGCCCUCAGACCCUCUCUUGCUCCUGCACUACAAGGCCUGUGUGUCAUUUAUGUAUGUGUGUGUGAGUGUGAUUAUCUGUGUAAAUGUUGUGUAGGGAGCUUUACCGUUCAGACCCGAGCAGGCAUCAAACAUCUACGACAGAAAGACUCACAGCACAAAAACUGACAGGACUGCCAGCCAGCGACCAAGCUUGCACUGCCACUUACGCCAGUAUGAUUUCAUUUUGUCAUUUCCCCCCCCAGAGUUCCCAUGACCAAAAUUUUCUAAAAUCUCAAAUUACGGAAGAGUUGACAGAGCAAACUAAGACAAACAUGCUAUCUAGUAAGCUCUGAGAAUGAUAAGCUAUGCGCUUUGUUCAGCUGUAAUCCUCAGUUCAGCUUGUAAAGUUCAAGAAAGUGAGAAAAUAGACAGUCGGUGGCAUUAUUUCACCAUUCCUGCCUGAUGUAUGCUUGUGUUGCAUCUCUUGCUAAACAAAUGGGAUCGAGAAUGUUCCUCAUAAGCUAAGAGGCGAGGUGUUGGCAUGGCAAUAAAACUUCAGUCUUUUCAGAUGUAGGUUAUGUGCCAUUUUCACAACAAAUACAGAUCUAUAGCCUCUGGUGUUUUACUGCUAUCGGCAGAGCAUCAAGUCAGCCAGAAACAACUCCUCUCCGCUUUUUUAUGGCAUCGUACCAACCCUCCCGCCCAUUUAGCUAUCGCUCAUCGGUAUUCCAUUGCUACCCAGAGAUCUGCGUCCAUCUUCAUUUACAUGACUUCUCUCUUUCUGUGCAACUAAAUACUAAGCUGCUAAUUGUUUCGAGAUAUGGAGAACUGCCAUGCCCUAAUUUCAUUUGCUUGGUAAACAAUGUGUGUCUCUGGGAGAUCAAGCUGUGAAUAUUGAAGAGUCAGUCUAUAUCUUGUGUCAGAUGUUGUUCAUAUGAUUUUUGUAAGACACAAAAUGGACCUAGAGACAGAUCCCCUGAUGCAGGGCUAACAGGAGCCCCAGAGGUCGAGGGUCAAACGGGGGGGGCUUUCUCAGUUUCUCAGUGAGGUUGUGCUGAACUGUUUCCUACCUUCUUCAUUGAGAACGUGAGGAACACAUUUUUUUUUCUUGAUCGGUAAGUUUCAAAAGGAAGACGAGGACAGGACCGGAGAAAAAAAAAAUGUGUGUGGGAACCGUAGAAGACUCAUGUGAUCGAGAAAAGAACAAGAAAAAAUACAUGUGAUGAAAUUUGGAGAAACAGGAAUCAUAAUGAGAGAAUUGCGCCUCUCUGUUAACUGAUUCGAUUGUCGGUGGAAGAGAGGAUCCCAGACCGAGACAAUCGCUGUUGAAGUAACAAGGAGAUGCAGAGCAAUGUAAACAAAGAGACGAACAAAAACAGGACAUCCUACUUCAGGAGCUUUUGUGCCUCCCUUAAACCUACCAGUAAGACGGUGUUUGUAUCAAUGAUGUGAACUGUACCAGUAUCAUAGAGAUACAAGGACUUCUUGCAGUGCUGAUAUUAAUCAUUUCCUGUAUAACUAUCUGAAAAACAAUAUCAGUGACAUUGAUGAUGAUAACAGGGUUAUCUGCUCCUCCUGUCAGGAGGAGUCUUUUGACUUUUUGAUUUUCUGGUGAUUUGUUUAUUUUACGUAUUUUUCAUGUUAUAUUUUUGGAAGCAUUUUUAUUUGUUAAUGCACAAUUAUUCACCUCCAUAUUACUUGUCGAACUGUAUGCCGAUUCAUCUUCUUGAGUUGCCAUUAUUCCAUUGAUCGAUCGGUAAGUUAUCAUCAGAAAAACAACAGUACAAAAAUGUUUAUAAAGAUAUUAAAAUCUAUAUCUUCUUAUGUCUACCGUUGCAGUCUGGGUCUGUUUCUUGCUGCGGUCUACAGGGUUUGUGUGGUGAAUUUAUAAGGCACACUCAAUUCCCUAUUCUUGCCUUCUUUUUGCCCAUUUGCAGUAUCUGGAAAUGACUCUGUCUGCAGUUUUUUUUCUCACCUUGUUUCCCCUUUUUCUCCGCUUUGGUUUGCUGUUUGUUUCCCCUGAUUAGAAGCUGCUGGCUAAAAUAAAACUGCUCUCUUCACAGAUCCCAUUUUACAGUAAACACCAGUGAUUUAUGUUUGGUUUACAGUAUAAACACUUGAAGCGACAAAUGGAAUAAAAAGGGGAUUACAUAAAGAAAAGGAAACAUGAAAUAAAUCCCUUAAGAAAAAGGAAAAUUCUAAAACGACAUGCAGACCACAGUGUGAUGUAUUGCAGUUCAAUAAAUCACUGAAAAGCACUGAGGAUAUUAAUGAAUGUGUCACAGGGAAUCUGUAGAUAUUCCAGGCUAUUAUUAUUAUUAAUGGGCCUUUAGAACAUAAAUUCCAUUUCCUCUUCUUUGAAAUCCCUUCCCUCGAUAGAAAUUGAUCCACAAGUAAGUGUUCCAUUAAACUUUUUUCUUGCUAUUUCUGUUCAGUGAUAAAUGAGCAGAGAGGGAAUGGUUAUAUGCACGGAUGAGAGUGCUGUGUAAUUAUAUUUAAACUGAUAGCCAGUCUGGCAUCUGCUGUUUGAUGCUCAUCCGCUCACCCUCAGCAGACUCUCCUCACGGCUCAUCCGAACACCCACCUACGAAGAGUUUUCUUUACAUAAUCCUCUAAAUUCAGUCUUUUUUGUUUGCGGGGUUAAGCAAUUAUUGCUGGAAAAGCUUUAAAACUGUGAACAUUAAAACCUUGAACAAAAUUAAGAAAGUUUCAUUAAAUUUAAUAGCAUCUAAUUUUAACACCGUUUGCUUUGGCUGGAGCCCAAAGUCAAACUUUGCCCAUUUUCUGCUUUUAAAAGUUAAAGUGCUUUUUAAUCUAUACGUUUAAAGCACUUAAAGCCUCAUAUAAAUGCAUGCAUGCAGUCUUUCCACAUUGAUCUGAUCUUCAAUCAUCAAGCCUUUAGUCAAACAUGCGUAAUUUGUUUCUGAUGUUCAUGUUUGAAGGAGCUGAAUGGAAAUGUUUAAUGAUACACAGAAAACACAUGAAGCAUCCCUGCAUCCAUUUGUUACUAUUUGUAGGAGCUGAUGGGGUGUGGACUUUAAUAUAGUUGUUCACAUGCUCACAGACAUCCAUCACUAUAGUGGGAAAACGGGAUACGUCACCGAACUUCAUAAAUCAGAGAGCAAACCAGCGUUUUUGUUGAUCUUGCUGCGGUGGUGAAUUAAGCGCUUAACAUUUUUAUACAUAUAUACUCUAUAUCCUCAGUCACUCACUAAAGGUAAAAUGAAAGCAGGAGUAAACUUACUUUUCUUUUUAAGAGCCAGAAUAAAAAUAAACUAUGUAGCCGCACUUUUAGGGAAACAUCCAUUUGUCCAGGAAGAAGUCAAUUCGCUUCUGCUCAACUCAAAGUUAAUUCACAAUCUUCUCAAACUCAUAAAAUCAUUAUUAACAAACAAGAAGGGCCUAAAAGGAAUACAGCAGGCAUUGCUUUGUUCAAGGCAACACCAAAGACCUGCAGGUAGGAUGUUUGCAACAAAGCCCUGAACCUUUCCCUGAACCUUUUUGUACUAAAACCAGAUCCUGUCUGUGAGGAGAGCAAGUUAUUUCAAGAAGAAAGGCUGAAGUGAAUUUCAUACCAAAAGGGAGGGGAGAACAGUUUGUCUUCAUUGUGCUGAGAAGGUUAUUAAGAGAGUGUCUUUUUGGGUUGUUGACAGCAUGGUCAGCAAAAUAAAACCACUUGAGUAAAAGCAAAUUUACACUGAAUGAAGUUGUUGAAGCUUUUCUAAGUAUCUCCUCAAACUGAUAACUUCACCAUGGGAUUACAGUUGGUAGUGCUCACGCCCACUGUGUGUCAACAUGCAUCUGAAGACUGAUUAUAACAGAAAUACACUGCUAGAAAGCAAGAACUGAGUAUUAAAAAUGUCUCGGUAAGCCAAACUACUCAACAGACACAGUCUGGUUCCUAAUAACCAUAAACUGAAGAUUCUUAGGAGCUGAAGAUUUCACCAGAUCCACAGACUUGUAUUCACCUCAUACAGGUUUUAAACAGCCAGGUGACAGAGCCCUGCAGGUGGGUGUUUUAUCCCCAGUUUACUCAUUUAAAGCUCCGUGUUAAUCAUUUAAGCUGGCUUUUGUACAUUGAUCAGGCUUUUCUUCUCCAUGAGUUAUAUGAACAUAAAUCUCUAAAAUGUAACACAAACAGCCUUUCAGUUGAAUAACCCCCCAUUUCCAACGCAUCCUGAACAGCUACGAAAAGGCUGUAUCAUAACCAUUCAAGUUCAUGUGUCAAUUUCCACCGACUUCUUUCCAUUUUCGCUGCUGUUCCGGAUGCGGUGGAAAUCCCGGGUAAAAGUGCUGGCAUAUACUGACCGAAUGAAAUCCGAGUACAUAUUAAAGUAGGUGAGAGCUGUUUUUAACUUAAAGGUGGACACAUUUUACUUCUUGAGGAAUAAAAUCCUUCCAUUAAGUUAAAACAGUAGCACUGUUAACGGUCUUAUUUACUAGGGAUGUUCCGAUCCAAUAUUGAUGUUGACUUUCGGUCCGAUAUCAGCAAAAAAGUGAAUAUCAGAUGAUAUCAGCCUGCAUCUGAAAUAUCCGAUAUCAGCACUCCUAAACAAGCAGUCCACUCCAGACUCCGCCCCAGCACCACUAUCUAGCAGCACCCAGAUCCAGCGUGCAGAGCCCAGGUAAUCACAGUGUGUACUAAGGUACUAACAAAGUAAAGAGGAGUAGAAGUGAUGUGUGUGGCAAGAUUUUUCAUUGAAGUCCAAAAAAGACAUUGCAGCUGAGUGCAAAACUUGUCAAUAUCAGAUCAAUAUCAGUAUUGGCCAAUACUGAAGGCAACAAUAUCGGUAUUGUAUUGGACGUUCAAAAGUUGUAUCAGGACACCUCUAUUAUUUACUGAUGAUUUUGAGAUAGGGCUGCACGAUAAGGCAGAAGUUGAAUUCAUGAUCUUUUUGAUAAUAUUGGUAUCAUGAUUUUAAAUACAUGAAUCUGCACAAAUGAAAACCCCUGAAAGACCUAAAAAAAAAGUGUAAAAAGUUGUACAUAUUACUGAAAGGAACCAUGCAUCAAUUCUUCACUUCACUAAAUUCAGUUCACAUGAUGCAGACCUAACCAACCAAACAGUCUUUUUUGAGCUUUAAUUUAACCUUUAUGACUUAAAGACUAAGUGGUUAGCGUUUGAACAUGCUCAUUAUCGCUACAGCCUCUCUCUCAUUCUGUCCCUUGGCUUUUCAGACACACGGGUCCACACACCUGCCUCCUCAUGCUCCCCUCCUUGCUCUGUGUUUACAACACAGCGUUUCACCAUUAAUCUUAGCGGGAGCCUCAACUUCCUCGUACUCUCACACCUUGUUUGUCACUCACUCAAGCUGUGGGAUGUAACGGGAAGCGACUCGAUACCAUUCGAUUUCAGUCAUCACAUUUUUAUGAUUAUGGUGAGCUAUAAACGUAAUCGAAAUUGAAAUCUGAUUAAUUUCACAGCUCUACCAUAAGAUAUAGAGAAUUAUAGAUGUACUGAUAAAGAAAGCAUGUUCAUACUUGGGGAAAAAACUAGUUAACUAUGCACAAUGUAAAUUAAUUGGAACAAAUCAUGAUAUCAAUUCAUUAAAAAGUCUGUUUUAAUGAGGAUAUCAGUGAUAAGCAUGUGGCUAAUGAUGAUGAAAAUGUAGAUGAUGUACAUUAAUCGCACUUGAAACCCGAGCACUAAUGCAGAGAUAAUUUCCAGUCAGAGUUUUCAUGUCAGUGGAGAGUUUUACACAGAAUAGUUUGAUUUUUAUUCAACUUUGAGGUAAAUUAGGCUCUGACUCAUAGUCUCUCUCAUCUGACUCGACCUAGUUAUUUGUGAGGCACAUCAAAGGAAGGGACGCAGUUGUAAUUGUCUCAUCGCAGAGGAAAUCUAGGAGCAAUCGGCACACAGUCAGGACCCGCUCCAGCUGAAGGAAGAUCCUCUGUGUAAAAACAGGUAGGCUGAAACAUUAGGAGACGGAGCCAAAAAAAACAAAAACACCGACGUAUAAUUAAAAGAUGGAAUGAGCAGAAAUAGGACCUAAAACAUAGACUGUGGUAUCAUUAAGAAAAUGAGAAAAGUGGAGGGAAGGGGAGCGGGAGGCUGCAGCACAUUAGUAAUUGAGCAGAAGGAGGGAGAGGCACUGGGUGGGAUUCACGAGGGAGGAAAUGACACACAAAGGAAACGCAAACAGGUAUGUGAAGAAAAAGGAAGGAAACCGAACCUGCUAAGAGUGAACAAAUAUGUUUAAAGAGGUGUUUGCCACAUCACACACCCUCUUUUGAACGGAUAUAACAUACAGAAGUCGCAGAAAGCCAGUGUCACACAUCACCACAACACAAGCCUCCAAAUAUAGCAACUGCAUGUAGAUUUCACAUCUCUUAUUCAUGCAUGAGAAGGGCAGCGCGUUGACUCAUCCUAAGGUGUGACAGUAUAUGGAGGAAACAUUGCUCUUUGACAGAAAUCCUCUACCAAAACAUGUCGCCUUUGACUAUCUGAGCCUAUUCCUUUGGCUUUUUAAUUGACUCGCUGUCACUUCUGUGUGGCUUUAAUUAAAACCAAGCAAUUAGAAAAUUGAAAAGGAGAUGAAGAAAGUGGGUGAGCUGGGAAGGGAGACGACACACGCGGGGACAUGAUAAUUAAGAGCAGCAGACACACCGCAGAAUGCCACAACACUAGCGCCUAUUCCCUCUCCUUCUCCGGGUCCCACUCUCCCUACUCAAUCACAAAGCUAAUAUCACCUCUUUCUCCAUAAAACCUUUUUCUUAUUCCAGCUUUUGUCUAUUUAUUUAGCUUAAGAUCCCCCCAGAGCGCUGGUGUGCUCCAGUUCUUCAAACCAAGCAGCCUGCAUACUAAACUGAGAGGACUCGGGCCGCCCAAGGCCACAGCACCACCUGCAUGGAUUAAAGGCUCCCUAAUCCUCUCAUGUUUGACCUCAAGACAGACGAAAUAUGCAGAAAAAUUUACUGAAAGUCAGCACAGCAUGUUUCUCCAUAACAAUACAUCUGGGCUCAUUUAUUUUUUUGGGGGGACAGGUUUAGUGUUCAGUGGUUAGUCCAGUUUUCCUUAGUGGCUUGUCUCUAUGGCAGACGUUUUUAUAGUAUAGUCAUGAUUGAAUAUUUUGAUAAAGUCAGUGAGAGAAGAGCACAUCCAAUCAAGAACAUGCAGAGAAACCAAUAAAACGUUGCAGCCAAAAGCAAACUCCUUCUCUCCGAUUCACCAGAGGAGCCAUUAAUUGUCUGAUAAUGGUGAAGAGUUGGGGUUGGGGGGUUGAGGGGGUGGACUUUGUGUGUCAUUAGCCUCUUGACUGGAGCGUCGACCCCUCCAGGAGUGAUGGGCCUCCACAUCUGCUUCGCACUCACACAAAAGGACAACGUCUCUGUUCCUCAGGCCCUCUCAAUUGAUUUCGGGUGUUAAUUGUAGGCAUUGAUCAGAGCCAAAGCAGACCCAUUUCACCAGGAAAGUGAAAAACAAAGACGAAAUACUACUGUCUUCAAGGGGGAUUUAGAUUUCAUUGAGUCUGGAUCUGAUUUUCAGUUAGGGCCAUUAUUUAUCACUUUGUUCAGAGCAAGUUAAACAGCCAAGAAACCCACUAGAAGAGGAAUUUAACUCUAAAGAUAAAACAGUAGUCUAAAGUACAUUUCUAUCCCAGACUUUUUGUGCCUUAAAGACCCAAUCCAAUGACAUACGCGUUUUUCUUGUUUUUUACACGUUCAUAUGGCAUUUUUCUGAUGCUACAGGACAUAUCAUGAGAAAAAUGAGUGCGAAAUUCCUUUUAUGAGUAUUUCUGCAUUCAAACCGCUGUGAAUCUCUGGCAGACCAAAACUGUAGGCUCAAACAUAGUGAGAUUUCUUAUGUCACAAAUCCAAGCUCCGCCCUCAGAGCCCCGCUAUGCAGCCAGGCUCGGAGAAAGAGAGGACAAUUAUGGAAAAAACUUUCAUCAUGUCCCUAAAGACAAUAGUAUCCAAAAGCUGAAUAGCUCCUGUGUUACACUUCUACUACCCCGACAAUAUUAGGCUGCAAGCAAACGUGAAGAGGAGUGUGAAGAGAAGUGUACAGAGCAGCACUGUCUCUGCCCACGAUUCAGAGGCGAAUUGCUAAUGAGCUACUAUAAAAAUAAUAAUAAUAAUGGAUCAGAUUUCAUAUAGUGCUUUGUCAGAGACCCUCAAAGCGCUUCACAUUGGAUACAUCUUUCAUUCACUCACACAGUCACACUUUGGUGGUGGUAAACUACCGCAGUAGUCACAGCUGCCCAGGGGCAGACUAACGGAAACGUGGCUGCCAUUUUGCGCCUACGGCCUCUCCGACCACAACCACACAACCCUCACAAUCAUACACACUGGGAGCAAGGUGGGUUUAGGUGUCUUGCCCAAGGACACAACGGCCAGACUCGGGAUGGAGAGAAUCGAAUUGCCAACCUUCUGGUUAUUAAAUGACCGUGCUACCUCCCGAGGUACUGCCACCCCCGCUAAUGAGUAACUGGCGUGCUGCAGAAGAAAACCCUUGAAAAUGACACAGGUAACGCAAUUUUGGCUAAAAACGUAAUAAUCACAAUUUAAAGACCACUGAGAACACUUUAAGUAAAAAAAAAAGCAAUCAGAGUGGGACUUUAAAAUAUACGUUUGACUUCGCUGACAGGCUAAUAGGCCAAUAAGUGCUGACUCGCAAGUGAGCAGGUGCUUAGACUUGGAUUCAGGGCCUGUGUCUUUUAAAGGACACAGGUUUUGAAGGAUGUGUCUUUCAUUGUAAAGCAGAUGUGUUUACACAAUGCCACUUAAUCCUGACAUUGAAAUCCUGACAUCCUGCUGAUUUUAAGUCUUUUCAUCGCCUCAUUGUUUCUGCAGGAAAAAACAACUUUCUUGGCGAUGCGUGAUCAUGUAAUUACCUCCAGAGUUAUUUUGGGAGAAAAUGUACAGCUACCCCCUCUUGAGGACUGAGCUUUUUUUUUUCUUCACAGCACAAUCUGGGAGUCCGUGUCUGCAUAUCUCCCAGUUUUUAAUUUGAAUAAAACUCUGUUCUGAUCUCCUGACAAAGUGGCUCUCUGGCUCUCUUACCGCUGGGUACAAAGAGAAUGAAAUAUGCUGAUGUUGUAGUGAUUUUGUCACUCACCUUGAGGCUAGCCACUGACAGAUCCUCCCAAACCUCCUUAAUCCUCUCUGCCUCUCUAAGUACUCAGAAAUAGAGUAGACUUACCAGGGCAGUCAGAACACGCCGCCUGUGCUGUUCGGGAUGCAAUGAAGGGUGUCGGUUGCAGCUGAUGUGUAAUUAUCAUGUCAGAUUCUGCGUGUAUUUCAAUAAAACACUGGCAUCACUCAAGCUUUGAAGCCGUGUAUUGAUAAUACGCAACAAAGAAUCAUCGGCUCGGUUUCAUAAUCUUGUUGUCUUCGUAGACAAUAUUGCAAUUAUUUCAAGAAUGGCGGCAGAAAACAGCAAACAAAGACAAAAGAUAACAAAUCCGAUCAGCUCCUGUUUGUCUCACGACUUUCAAAUCUGAGGGACGGUCGGAGCAUCCAUGAUGAGCAUGUUCAAGGGGGCUGCCUUUGGUGUAAGAUAAGACAACUUGAGUUAAAAAUUACUGGACUGUUGAAUUAAAAGAUACUCCAACAUGUGUGAGCAUGCACACUUAAACCCACUGUUGGAGAACCAUUUAACUCUGAGGCCUCAGUUUGACCUACAGAUGCAAAAAGACCAAGAAUUUCGAUCAAUUACAUCUUAAUGCCUGAAAUCUUUGCCACUUGGUUGGAGUCAGCGCAGCUAUUUAAAGUUCAAGUUUCUAAUAUUUUCCAGAGAAUUACCAGGUGAUAUGUUCAAUAGUUGAAGGACAUUAUUCACUAAAAUAUUCCAUUAAUCCAUGAAGUGGACAACAUCAGCCCUGAGACACACGACUGUUCCACAAAACUGCCACAUUUGGAUCGAUAAAAGUUCAUAAGAUCCUGUUUAAAUGACAGAGAACUGGGCUUGAAUUGAACAUUUUUAAGAUCCUUUAAAACAUCUUUUUUUUAGUUGAAUGUUUCAGAGGAAUACCUAACAGUAGCCACGUUUACAUAUGCAAAGUUUCUUGAUCUGAUUAAAAAUCGGAGAGAUCAGAUAAUCUGAAUUCACUGUUUUUAUGGGUGCAGGAUCAAAUAAUCCGAUUAUGACGUGCAUGUACAUGCACCAAGCUUUAUUCAGAUUAGAAGCAUUUGGACAUGCGCAGAGUUGAAGAAGAGUUGUAUUUACGCCUGUGCUGUCAACAAACCAACAAACACAGUAGUGGCUCACUCCAUCUAAUUCAGGAGUUUCCCCCUGUUAAAUGUUCUCACUAGAUGGCGCUCUUGCCUACUUAUUUUACUGUUCUGUCAAAGGUUGCACAAUGCAUGCAGAUGCGACAUCAUUACGCUGUAGACACGGGACCUGCGGUUGUAUUUUAUGCCAGAGUUUAUAAUGAAACGUCCUGUACUGACCUCAAUAAAUAAACCAAAGGCUAAAGAGUGAAGAUCGAGUCAGGUAAGAGAGUCACGAUCAGAAUAAGUGUUUACAUGGACACGUUUCGGGAUAACGAUCGGCAUUCUUUUCAACUGAGCCGAAUUGGAUCAGAAUCUUCCGAUCGAUAUAUUUAUGACGCAUUUUUAUCCCAAUCGGGCCUUUAUUCUGAUUAUUUGUGCCCGUGUAAAUGCAGCUGGUGUAACGUUAAUGUUAGGUCUGGAAAUACUGGACAGCCUGCCCACCUUUGAUACUGGCGUCCCAGGCUGGCCACCCUUAUCAAAAGAGCCUGGAUGCGGUCCUGUGUAAGAGGGGAAGUGCCUGUCUGUCUGAAAAGGCUUUUUGAAGCUGUUUACACUGUCACUGGAAUAUUUUUUUUCCACUCCAAUAAAAGAAGCCCUCACAAGUGUGUCCCCUCACAUCCACAUGCUCCCACUCAGUGUGAAGCUGCAGGGCGUCUGAGGUGGAGUUCAAGCUCGUCUCACUCCCUCGCUC